AUGGGAGAGAGAAAAGUGCUGAACAAGUAUUAUCCACCGGACUUCGAUCCGGCAAAGAUUCCACGGCCGCAGCAGCCAAAGAAAAAGCAAUUCCCUACCCGCAAUAUGCUUCCCAUGAGCAUUCGUUGUACAACUUGUGGGAAUUACAUGUAUAAGGGUACUAAGUUUAAUUCGCGCAAAGAAGAAGCCAUCGGGGAGACUUAUUUGGGAAUUCGAGUUUUUAGGUUCUAUAUCAAAUGCAGCAAGUGCUCAGCGGAAAUAACAUUCAAGACGGAUCCACAGAAUUCUGAUUAUGCUCUUGAGUGCGGUGCCACGAGAAAUUUCGAACCUUGGCGUGCAGAGAAAAAGAAUAGGAAUAUAGAUGAUAUGGGAGAUGCGAUGAAAUCAUUGGAGAACAGAUAUUUGGACUCGAGGAGGGAACUGGAUAUCCUAGUUGCUUUGGAUGAUAUCAAGUCUAUGAACUCGAGACAUGGAAGGGUGAGCAUAGAUUCAACGCUCGAAGCUUUGCAACGGAAAAAUGAGGGGAAUGAAAGGAAAUUGGAAGAAGAGGAUGAAGCUCUUAUAGAAUCCGUGUUUAAGGGGGCGCGAAGGAUUGAUGAUGAAGAAGGUUUAACUGUGUUUUCACCUGAGAAGAGAAGAAAGCUAUCCACCGAGCCAACAGAUUCUUUACCGAAAUGCGGUGUUCGUGAAAGCUUCAAGAGUCGAAAUAAUGGUAAAUUCAUUCUGAAGUCUUCGUCAGUCACAGUUUCUAUAGUUAAGAAACCACUUCCCGAUUUCAAUAGUAACAAGGCAGGAAAGGAGGAGCCGAAGAAUCAGGAGGCCGAAUCCAUUGCAAGCAGUGGAUUACAAUCAUUAUGCCAACAAUAUGGAAGUAAUGAAGACGAUUGA